UACAGCGACACGAUACGCCCAUUGGUUUUCAUUCGCAAUUAACAUGAUGAACAUGAUGUAUCUAUUGGUACUUGUGUUUCUUCCUUAUGAUGUCUUAAGUUUACCAUGCCUAACUACUGGAUCCAAAAAAGAUUUUGACGAUUCAAGGAAAGCUCUCACUGCUUUAAAAUCAUAUCUCGAUAGAACUGUUAAUACUUUGGAAACCGAUGUACAGAAAACUGUAGCUACGUUAAAAAGUCAUAUAAAGAAUGUGGAUGGGAAGAUUAAAACCCUUGACAAUGAUUUAAAAUUGAUAGAAAGUGAUUUUAAGGCAAGACAGUGGCAGAAAUACAAUGGGCAUUGCUAUUAUUUCGGAACAGACAACCUCGACUGGUUUACAUCAGAGAGGAAAUGCAGAGAAAUUGGUGGAUAUAUUGUCAAAAUUGGCGACAGUUCAGAAAACAGCUGGAUAGCUUCAAAACGGCCUAAAAAAAAUAUACAUUACUGGAUAGGACUGACAGAUCUUAAGGAAGGCCAGUUUCGUUGGAGUUAUGACCAGUCCCUCAUGACAUAUAAAAAUUGGUUUCCAUCAGGUGGCUGGGGUUCAAAAGGCUCAAACAGUAAUUGUGUCAUGUACAACAGCAAUACAGAGGCCUACUGGUUGGACCACUAUUGUACUAAUAAAUAUAGCUACAUAUGUGAAAGUAAUUUUUGUUUUUAGUUCAAAGGAAAACACUUCAAUUGCAAAGACUGAAAGGAAAAAUCAACGGAUAGUAAAAUAAAUACGUGCUGUAAAAACU